CCUCCUGCGAUCUUGCUGGUUUAGGGGCGUCCUGCAGCAGCCAGGGGCGAGCGGCCGGUGCCGGGCACCUCAGGCUCCCGCUGCCUCUCCUCGCUGGGGGGGCAGCGCGCUGCCUGGUGCUUCGGCACAGAUGCCGAUUGAGAUUGUCUGCAAAAUCAAAUUUGCAGAGGAGGAUGAGAAGCAGGCGGCGAAAGAGGAAGGGGACGAGGAGAGCUUGCUAGAGGAGCCCCGCCGGCCACGCCACCGGGACCUGGCCGCCUUUGCGGGCGCCAGCACCUUGCACGGCCUCGGUCACGUUUGCCGCUCGGGGCGUCCGGGCGUCCGGCAGGCCCUCUGGGCGCUUGCCUUUGUGGCCUCGCUGGCCUUUUUCCUGUACCAGGCCGCCCGGUCGGCGCUCUUCUACCUGGAGCACCCGCACGUCACCAGCUUGGACGAGGAGGCCGCUCACAAGAUGAUCUUCCCGGCCGUCACCAUCUGCAACAUCAACCGUUUCCGCCACUCUGCGCUUACCGAUGCCGAUAUCUUCCACCUGGCCAACAUGACCGGACUGCCGCCCAAAGACCGUGAUGGACACAAGGCCUCAGACCUUCUGUACCCUGACCCAGACAUGGCUGACAUUGUCAACCGCACUGGACACCAGCUGGACGACAUGCUCAAGAACUGCAGCUUCAGUGGGGAGAAUUGCUCUGCGGAGAACUUCACUGUGGUCUACACACGCUAUGGGAAGUGCUACACUUUCAAUGCCGACCGAAACAAACCACGGGUGACCCGCCAGAGCGGAAUGGGCAAUGGGCUGGAGAUCAUGUUGGACAUCCAGCAGGAGGAAUAUCUGCCCAUCUGGAGAGAGACUAAUGAGACAUCAUUUGAAGCUGGAAUUCGGGUACAGAUCCACAGCCAGGAUGAGCCCCCCUACAUCCACCAGUUGGGGUUUGGAGUCUCCCCUGGUUUCCAGACCUUUGUGUCGUGCCAGGAGCAGCGGCUGACGUACCUGCCCCAGCCUUGGGGUAGCUGUCGGGCCAGCGUGAAGGGGGAACAGGUGCUGCCUGGCUACGAGAGCUACAGCAUUGCCGCUUGCAGGCUGCAGUGUGAGAAAGAAGCUGUGGUGCGGGACUGCCAGUGCCGGAUGGUGCACAUGCCAGGUAACGAGUCCAUCUGUUCACCCAAUGUCUACAUUGAAUGUGCUGACCACACACUUGAUACAGCUGUUGAGGAUUCCCAGGAACGUUGUGUCUGCCCUACACCUUGCAACUUGACGCGCUACGGCAAGGAGAUCUCCAUGGUGCGCAUCCCCAACAAGGGCUCGGCCCGGUACCUUGCUCGCAAGUACAACCGCAAUGAGACAUAUAUUCGGGAGAACUUCCUGGUGCUGGACAUCUUCUUUGAGGCACUGAACUAUGAGGCAAUUGAACAGAAGAAGGCAUACAGCCUGGCAGGGCUUCUGGGGGACAUUGGAGGCCAGAUGGGCCUGUUCAUUGGAGCCAGCGUCCUCACUGUCUUGGAAAUCCUUGACUACAUCUAUGAGGUGAUCCGUGACAAAGUAGCCCAUGGCUUAAGACGCCCCAAGCCACCUCUGAAGAAGCCUUCAGGCAGCAUUGCCACCUUGGGGCUGGAGGAGAUCAAGGAGCAGAGCCCCUGUGAGACGCUGGGCCGCCACUCCGAGGGCACUUACCCCACUGGCCUCCUGCCCAACCAUCACCAUCGCCACCACUACUCCCCUCAAGGGGUCUUCGAGGACUUCGCUUGCUAGGCCACCUUGUGCACGGCUGCCCCCAAAUUACACCAGUGUUUCUGGAGCAGCUUCAGGCGCAGGGGAUUCUGCCUUGUGCUAACAGGUCUGCCAAGGCCAAGCCAAGCCACCUCCUCCCACCUCCCAAGGCUUCCAAAGGCAUACGAUGCUUUAAUCCCCUUCCUCCUGCCUCCUCCCUCGCUGCUGUGCCCUUCCCAUUACCCAGUCCAGCUGGCCCUGCUCCCUAGGGCUCAGCGCCCCCUACAGAAGCACACUGAGAGCAUCAGCUGCCAGGAGCAAGGAGGUGGCAUGGGCUCCAGACUGCUCC